CCCUGCUGUAUGAGAGCGGCGAGGUAUUGUGGCGGAGCGCUGGAAGUUGCAUUGCAGGGGUGGGACUCCUGCAUUCUGGGCGAGCGCUCACUCUCACUGCUGCUCUGUGCCGCGUCUUCACAGGACCUCGGCUCGCAUGCAGCGGAAAACGCCGUCUUUCGAGUGACUCUCGCAACGUCGAGAAUGCCUUCCUUAAACUGAUGCAUUCCCAGUCACAGUGAAUCUCUAUAUUCCGCUGUAACAAGUACUUGAACCUUUUGAUGGAGAGAGGCGCGUGAGAGCUGGAGAAGGGAGACCGGAGUUUCCCCCCUUCGUUGCACCAAAAAGAAACUCCAAGGUGGCAGGACCAUGUCCUCUACACAUGGACGGGACAUCUCUGACUACCAUCUCAGUGUGGUCCGUGAUCCACCUGCCUGGGAGGUGGGCGUGUAUGUCUUGGGGUUUCUGGUCCUGCUGGGUGUGGUGGGAGUAAACUUGUGGAAGCUCUGGAAGUCUGGCUCCUUUCCUGCCCCCUCCCCCUACCCUAACUUUGACUACCGGUACCUGCAGGAAAAAUAUGGCACCUCCUACUCUGAAGUCAGGCAGAAGUGCGUUGCAGCCUCCAACCACCGGAGGGCAUCAACGGCAAGCCGCAAGCCCAGUCUGCAACUGGCAGACACUCCUGAUGGCUUUCGGGAGCUCGGGACACUGGAGCUGAUGAGCCGCGAGCUGGAGGCUGGCGGCAGCCUGAGCCGAUCGCUCUCCAGUGAGUCACUGUGCUCCAUCUCCUCCAUCGCCCACACGUUUGGCCAUGACUUCACUGUGGGCCAGCUGGAGGUGUCUUUGGAGCUGGAUGCACGUGCCUCCCUACUGCACAUCACUCUGCACCAGGGUAAGGACCUCCUGGAGAGGGAAGAGGAGAGCUUCCCUGGCUGCUACGUCACCGUCACCCUUCUGCCCGAUGAGGUGAACGUGGGCGUCACACAGAUCCAGAGCAGCGCCUUCACAGUGCUGUUUGAGGAGUGCUUCUCCGUGCCACUGGACGUGGCGGCUCUGGAGGAGAACAGUCUGCGGUUCUCGGCAUUCGGGGUGGACUCAGAUGAGAGGAACAUCAGCGUAGGGGUGGCUGAGCUGAAGCUGUCUGACCUGGACCUGUCCAUCCGGCCCUUCGAUGCAUGGCUCUAUCUGCAGGAUGUCAACAAGGCUGUAGAUGCUGUGGGGGAGAUUCUGCUUUCCCUCAGCUACCUGCCAACUGCAGAGCGUCUCACGGUGGUCGUAGCAAAAGCAAAGAACCUGGUGUGGACUAAUGGCAAAUCCACAGCAGAUCCAUUUGUGAAGGUUUACCUCCUCCAAGAUGGCAGGAAGAUCAGUAAGAAGAAAACAUCUAUAAAAAGAGAUGACACUAAUCCUAUUUUCAAUGAGGCUAUGAUAUUCUCUGUGCCUGCCAUCGUGCUACAGGACCUCUCUCUUAGAGUCACGGUGGCUGAGAACACAGAAGACGGCCGUGGCGAGAACGUAGGUCAUGUGAUCAUUGGACCGGAGGCCAGCGGGAUGGGCAUCAGUCAUUGGAACCAGAUGCUGGCAACGCUGCGCAAACCUGUCUCCAUGUGGCACCCACUCAGGAGGAACUAGCCUCCAGUCCUCCGCCAGGCUGCCGCCUGGCAGGUCCCCACAACCCCAUCAGAAAGACUCUAAAGGUCGAGAGAAUGUCUUUUUUUCAGGAAAAUCAUUGUCUUUUUUGAAGCAGUGGUACACUCCAGAGCAGAACAAUUUGUGUAAGUGAAAGGUUGAGACUGUGCGUGUCUCUGCUUAAAAUCCCAGGUCCUUUUAUCCAGGUUAAAUCAAUCUUCGUUUGUAGCAGUCAUAACAGGGUGGCUAACCUAAAUAAGCAGACUGUGUGUCAUACUCAUUUGUUCAGUUAUAUUACCAAUUGCAGUAGCUACAUCCUCUUCAACUAAAGCAUAACAACAACAACAACAACAACAACAACAACAACAACAAUAAUAAUAAUAAUAAAUUGACAUUUUCGGUUUUGAAUUAGUACAAAGCAAUAGUGUAUAUGAUGGACAGACCAUUUCCCCUUCCUCUCUGAACUUGCAGUAAUUCAAACAGUGUGAAAAGAUCCAUUGCUAAAGUCUCCAUCCAUGAAAUCCAUAAUGCAGCACCAUUACAACAGUGGUAGAAAUAGAACUUUGCAGUGUUACCAUAGAUCACACUCCAGAAUGAAUCCCAGUCACGCAAUGGAAAUACUGCAGUUGAUGUUUAGCUUUUAUUUUUCACACUAUACAUGUGCACUAGGUUUGCCUGCAUUUAACCUUUUGAGGCAUCUAAAGUAGCCUAUUAAUAAAAAUAAUUUUUAAAUUAGUGUUACACACCACUUAAAUUUUGUUUGCAUUCUGUCUGCAGAAAGGUAUAUAGUCUUGCCUGCUAACAAUAUCAACUACAAUGAGUAGUUUGGCAAUAAGAUUUACCUCUUUCAGAAGCCACACAUCAGUGUCAGCACAUUCACACUGACAAAGCCAAAAGACCACAAAACUCCCAUCAAUGCCUACUUCUGCUAUGUCAUCUUCACAUGCUGAGAGGUCACAACUGACGUUUUUCUUAAAAUGUUCACAUAAAGAAGCUAUUUAAACAAAUAAAGUAACAAGAUUCAUGUUUUAUUACUGUAGCCUAUUAAACUAGUCUGUAUUAUGUGAUGGCAGCCCUUGGCGUCUGUCUCUUAGCGAACUGUUUUAAGCAGAACUCAGCUUCAUCCUGUGCCAAAUUCACCACUAGAGAAGCAAUAGUUUCAUUUAGGCUGUCUACAUAUAAUGUUUGUGAUCUUUGAGGUUUAAAAAAGCAUUUUACAGUGCAUGAAAGUGUAAUGAGUAUGGUAUACUGGUGUUCAAAUAUAGACCUGUUUAAAUAAA